AUGCUUUGGGCUUGUGUCAUGUUCUCUGCUUUGAAUAUUGACCGGGGAAAUAUCAGUAAUGCGAACUCUGACGGGUUAUUGGAAGAUAUUGGCCUUUCGCAAGCAGACUAUAACCUCGGAAACACCUUGUCCAAGCUGUUCUUCUUGAUUGCAGAACUUCCAUCCCAACUAAUCUCCAAGAGAGUUGGUCCCGAUAGAUGGAUCCCUAUCCAGAUGUCUGAUCGCUUUGUUCCAAGGUGGUUUCAUCCCAGAUCUUAUCUUGUAUCUCAGUUACUGGUAUGA